AUGGCCAGCAUCGCGCUCGCAACUCUGGGUGGCGCCCUCGCGCUGCAGGCGUGGGCCAAGCUCGGCCCGGCACCGCACCUCGACGUGCGCGACCACCACGUCUUGAUCACUGGUGGCAGCCAAGGCCUUGGCUUUGCGAUCGCUACGCAGUAUGCUCGCGCCGGCGCCAAGAUCACGAUCGUGGCACGGCAUCUGCACGCUCUGGAGACGGCCCGGCUGGCGCUUGCGGCGCUGAGUGCGCAUCCUGUGUGCUCUCUCGUUGGUGACGUGACGGACGCAAAGGCGAUGCAGCGCGCGAUCGCAGCGGCCAACAUCUUCCACGCGCGCGUGACGGACCACGUCAUCUGCAAUGCCGGCGUCUCGGUGCCUGGCCUUUUGCUCGACCAGGAAAUGGCGAUCUUGCAGCGGCACAUGGACGUCAACUACUUUGGUGCCCUCCACACCGUCAAGGCGGCGCUGCCAGCCAUGGUCGCGCGCGGCGGAGGCGGUCGGUUCAUUUUCAUCAACUCGGGCGCGGGCCUCGUGGCAUUUGCGGGGUUUGCGCAGUACGCUUCGUCCAAGUACGCUCUGCGCGGCCUCGCCGACGCGCUCCGGAACGAGCUAUGCUUGUACAAGAUGCACGUGCACUGCUUCUACCCGGGCAGCAUCGACACCAACAUGUACGCUGAGGAGCAACCGACCAAACCGGAGAUGACCAAGGCGAUUGAAGGCACCACCGACCUUGUCUCGCCGGACGUUGCGGCCGCCAGCCUCAUGCGUGGUAUCGCCAGAGGCUCGUACGCCAUCACCAACGACGUCGGCAUCUGGGCGGGCCGCAUCAUGGGCCAAGGCAUCACGCCGCGCGACUGGGCGUGCUAUCCGUUCGAGCUUCUCUUUGGCCCGCUGCUUGUGCUCGUGCAAGUCGCCUUUGGCUGGUACAUGGACACUCUCGUGCUGCGGUCGUCGACGCACGCCAAGACCGUCGGUGGCAAGCACGCCUAG